AUGCACGUCUCAGCGUACCUGCUCGGCCUCUGCUACUACAUCGCUGCUCCACUCUCACUCUUUCUCACUGGCCGCUCUGCCUUACCACCUGGCCUGUCUUCACCCGCUGCUGCUGACGUCACGAGUAUAGCGUGCCUGGUUGCUGGAGCAGCAGUAUUCGCAUGGGGCAACCUUCACCAGCACCGAUGCCACGCUAUACUGGCCAGUUUGAGGCAAGGCGGUAAGAAAGGCUACUUCAUACCUCAAGGCGAUUGGUUCGCUCAUGUCUCAUGCCCACACUAUUUGGCAGAGAUUAUGAUUUACUUCGGUUUACUCGUAUCGCUCGGAUCAAGAACGCUUGACUCAACACUACUGCUCAUGUUUGCCUGGGUGGUCUCCAACCUGACACUAUCAGCUUUGGAAACCCAUCAACGUUAUCUAGCCAAAUUUCCUGACUAUCCCAACAACAGAAGGGCCAUAUUGCCAUAUACACUAUAG